GCGGUGGCGCGCUCGGGGCGCGGGGUGCGGCGGCAGGGAGCGAACGGGCGGUGUGGGCUGGGGGUGCGUCCACGUGGCCCGCAGGCGGGCGCCCAGAACCAGCGGAGGCGCAGGGACAGGCCUGUCCCCAGGUGCAGCUGCCAGCCAUGCCUGCUGUCUGCCUCCUCCAGCUGCUCCUCCUCGCUGUGGGCGGGGCCCUGGGCAACAGCAGGCCCUUCCGUGCCUUCAUGGUGACAGACACCACGCUCACACACCUGGCUGUGCACCGGGUAACUGGAGAGGUGUUCGUGGGUGCAGUGAACCGAAUCUUCAAGCUGGCCCCCAACCUGACUGAGCUGCGGGUCCACGUCACAGGGCCUGUCGAGGAUAAUUCUCGCUGCUACCCACCUCCUAGCAUGCGUGCAUGUGCCCACCACCUGGCACCUGUGGAUAAUGUGAACAAGCUGCUGCUCAUAGACUAUGCAGCCCACCGCCUGGUCGCCUGUGGCAGCACGUGGCAGGGCAUCUGCCAGUUCCUGCGUCUGGAUGACCUCUUCAAGCUGGGUGAGCCGCACCACCGGAAGGAGCACUACCUGUCAGGGGCCCAGGAGCCUGACUCCAUGGCUGGUGUCAUUGUGGAGCAGAGCCAGGGGCCCAGCAAGCUGUUUGUGGGCACCGCUGUUGAUGGCAAAUCGGAGUACUUCCCCACCCUGAGCUCCCGCAAGCUGAUCAGUGAUGAAGACAGCGUGGACAUGUUUAGCUUGGUGUACCAGGAUGAGUUUGUUUCUUCUCAGAUCAAGAUCCCCUCAGACACACUGUCCUUGUACCCUGCCUUUGACAUCUAUUACAUCUAUGGCUUUGUGAGUGCCUCCUUCGUUUAUUUCCUGACGUUGCAGCUGGACACCCAGCAGACACUGCUGGACACAGCAGGCGAAAAAUUCUUCACCUCCAAAAUCGUGCGCAUGUGCGCACGGGACUCAGAGUUCUAUUCCUAUGUGGAGUUCCCCAUUGGCUGCUCCUGGCGUGGUGUGGAGUACCGCCUGGUGCAGAGUGCCCACCUAGCCAAGCCCGGCCUGUUGCUGGCCCAGGCCCUGGGCGUGCCAGCUGACGAAGACAUCCUCUUCACCAUCUUCUCUCAAGGGCAGAAGAACCGAGCCAGCCCCCCCAGGCAGACUGUCCUCUGCCUCUUUACCCUCAGUAACAUCAAUGCCCACAUCCGGCAUCGCAUCCAGUCCUGCUACAGGGGAGAGGGCACGCUGGCCCUGCCUUGGCUGCUAAACAAGGAGCUGCCCUGCAUCAACACCCCCAUGCAGAUCAAUGGAAACUUCUGUGGCCUGGUGUUGAACCAGCCCCUGGGUGGCCUGCAGGUGAUCGAAGGGCUGCCCCUGCUGGACGACAACACUGAUGGCAUGGCCAGUGUGGCCGCCUACACCUACCACCAGCACUCUGUGGUCUUCAUAGGCACGCGCAGUGGCAGUCUGAAAAAGGUGCGGGUUGAUGGCUCUCAGGAUGCCCAUCUUUACGAGACAGUCCCUGUAGUGGAUGGCAGCCCCAUACUCCGAGACCUGCUUUUCAGCCCUGACCACCGGCACAUCUACCUCCUGAGUGAGAAGCAGGUGAGCCAGCUCCCCGUGGAGACCUGUGAGCAGUAUCUGAGCUGUGCAGCCUGCCUGGGAUCAGGGGACCCACACUGUGGCUGGUGUGUGCUGCAGCAUAGGUGCUGCCGUGAAGGAGCCUGUCCUGGUGCUUCUGCCCCACACAGCUUUGUGGAAGAGCUGAGCAAGUGUGUCCAGGUGCAGGUCCGGCCCAACAAUAUGUCAGUGACAUCGCCUGGGGUACAGCUGACUGUGGCCGUGCACAACGUGCCAGACCUCAGCGCGGGUGUGAGUUGUGCCUUUGAGGAGGUGAUGGAGAGUGAGGCCGUCCUGCUGCCCUCUGGCGAGUUGCACUGCCUUUCACCAUCUCUGCAGGAGCUGCAGGCUCUUACCAGGGGUCAUGGGGCCACCCGCACCGUGCAGCUGCAGCUGCUCUCUAAGGAGACAGGCGUGAGGUUUGCUGGGGCUGACUUUGUCUUCUACAACUGCAGUGUCCUCCAGUCCUUUGAAUCCCCUGAGCUGUGUCCUGGAGGAAGGGCAGUCUGGCCUCCAUUAUUUCUGAAGCUGUCCCACCCUCCUAGGUGCAUGUCGUGUGUUGGCAGCCCUUACCCCUGCCACUGGUGUAAGUACCGCCAUGUGUGUACCAGCCACCCCCACGAAUGCUCCUUCCAGGAGGGCAGGGUCCACAGCCCUGAGGGCUGCCCUGAGAUCCUGCCCAGUGGGGACCUUCUGAUCCCUGUUGGCGUCAUGCAACCUCUCACCCUGCGGGCUAAGAACCUGCCUCAGCCGCAAUCGGGCCAGAAGAACUAUGAGUGCGUGGUGCGGGUGCGGGGCCGGCAGCAGCGGGUGCCUGCCGUGCGCUUCAACAGCAGCAGCAUACAGUGCCAGAACGCCUCGUACUCCUAUGAAGGCGAUGAGUAUGGUGACACUGAGCUGGACUUCUCUGUGGUCUGGGAUGGAGACUUCCCCAUUGACAAGCCUCCCACUUUUCGAGCCCUCCUGUACAAGUGUUGGGCUCAGCGGCCCAACUGUGGCCUCUGCCUCAAGGCCGACCCCCGCUUCAGCUGUGGCUGGUGCAUCUCAGAGCACAGGUGCCAGCUGCAGGCCCACUGCCCUGCCCCCAAGACCAACUGGAUACACCCCAGCCAGAAAGGUGCCCGGUGCAGCCACCCCCGCAUCAGCCAGAUCCACCCUCUCAUGGGGCCCAAGGAGGGAGGAACCCAGGUCACCAUUCUGGGAGAGAACCUGGGUCUUGCCUCCCGAGAGCUAGGCCUGCGGGUGGCUGGCGUGCGUUGCAAUUCUAUCCCAGCUGAGUACGUCAGUGCUGAGAGGAUUGUGUGUGAGAUGGAGGAGUCAUUGGUGCCCAGCCCACUACCGGGGCCUGUGGAGCUCUGCAUAGGCGACUGUUCUGCCGACUUCCGCACGCAGUCAGAGCAGCUCUACAGCUUCGUGAGCCCAAUGUUUGACCGUGUGAGUCCCAGUCGGGGCCCAGCUUCAGGGGGCUCGCGGCUUACCAUUUUUGGCAGCUCCCUGGAUGCCGGCAGCAGGGUCACAGUGACUAUGAGAGAUGGCGAGUGCCAGUUUGUGAGGAGGGAUGCUGAGGCGAUUGUGUGUAUCACGCCUGUCUCCACUCUGGGCCCCAGCCAGGCCCCCAUCACCCUUGCCAUUGACCGUGCCAAUGUGUCUAGCCCUGGAGUCAUCUAUACUUACACUCAAGACCCCACAGUCACACACCUGGAACCCACCUGGAGCAUCAUCAAUGGAAGCACUGCCAUCACUGUGAGUGGGACCCACCUUCUGACAGUUCAGGAGCCCCGAGUCCGGGCCAAGUACCGUGGCAUCGAGACCACUAAUACGUGCCAGGUGAUCAAUGAUACUGCCAUGCUGUGUAAGGCCCCCGGGAUCUUCCUGGGGCGGCCCCAACCACGGGUCCAAGGCGAGCACCCUGAUGAGUUUGGCUUCGUGCUGGACCAUGUGCAGACAGCGCGUUCCCUCAACCGCUCCUCUUUCACCUACUACCCUGACCCCAGCUUUGAGCCACUUGGCCCCUCCGGCGUGCUGGACGUCAAACCUGGCUCUCACGUGGUGCUGAAGGGCAAGAACCUGAUCCCCGCAGCAGCUGGCAGCUCCCGCCUCAACUACACAGUGCUGAUUGGGGGCCAGCCAUGUGCACUCACUGUUUCAGACACGCAGCUCCUGUGUGACUCACCCAGCCAAACUGGCCGGCAGCCUGUCAUGGUGCUGGUAGGUGGCCUGGAGUUCUGGCUAGGCACUCUGCACAUCACAGCUGAGCGGGCACUGACCCUGCCAGCCAUGGUAGGGCUGGCGGCAGGGGGUGGGCUCCUGCUGCUGGCCAUUACCGCCAUGCUGGUUGCCUACAAGCGCAAGACUCAGGAUGCAGAUCGCACACUCAAGCGGCUCCAGCUGCAGAUGGACAACCUGGAGUCCCGAGUGGCCCUGGAAUGCAAGGAAGCCUUCGCAGAGCUGCAGACUGACAUCAAUGAACUAACAAACCACAUGGAUGGGGUGCAGAUCCCUUUCCUGGACUACCGGACCUAUGCUGUGCGCGUGCUCUUCCCUGGCAUUGAGGCCCACCCAGUGCUCAAGGAGCUGGAUACCCCCCCCAACGUCGAGAAGGCCCUGCGCCUCUUUGGGCAGCUGCUGCACAGCCGUGCCUUUGUGCUCACCUUCAUCCACACGCUGGAGGCCCAGAGUAGCUUCUCCAUGCGUGACCGUGGCACUGUGGCCUCACUCACCAUGGUGGCCCUACAGAGCCGGCUUGACUAUGCCACGGGGCUGCUCAAGCAACUGCUGGCAGACCUUAUAGAGAAAAACCUUGAGAGCAAGAACCACCCAAAGUUGCUCUUGCGCAGGACAGAGUCAGUGGCUGAGAAGAUGCUUACCAACUGGUUCACAUUCCUGCUGCAUAAGUUUCUGAAGGAGUGUGCAGGGGAGCCGCUCUUCCUCUUAUACUGUGCCAUCAAGCAGCAGAUGGAGAAGGGCCCCAUUGAUGCCAUCACAGGCGAGGCGCGCUACUCCCUGAGUGAGGACAAGCUUAUCCGGCAGCAGAUUGACUACAAGACGCUGACCCUAUACUGUGUGUGCCCAGAGAGCGAGGGCAGUGCUCAGGUCCCGGUGAAAGUUCUCAACUGUGACAGCAUUACCCAGGCCAAAGAUAAGCUGCUGGAUACUGUGUACAAGGGCAUCCCAUACUCCCAGCGCCCCAAAGCUGAGGAUAUGGAUCUGGAAUGGCGCCAGGGUCGCAUGGCCCGCAUCAUCCUCCAGGAUGAGGAUGUCACUACCAAGAUUGAGUGUGACUGGAAGAGGGUCAACUCACUGGCCCACUACCAGGUGACCGACGGUUCUUUGGUGGCACUGGUGCCCAAACAAGUGUCUGCCUAUAACAUGGCCAACUCUUUCACCUUCACCCGCUCCCUCAGCCGCUAUGAGAGCUUGCUCCGCACAGCUAGCAGCCCUGAUAGCCUCCGCUCACGGGCGCCCAUGAUCACACCUGAUCAGGAGACGGGCACCAAGCUGUGGCACCUGGUGAAGAACCAUGACCAUGCUGACCACCGAGAAGGGGACCGUGGCAGUAAGAUGGUCUCAGAGAUCUACCUGACGCGACUACUGGCCACCAAGGGUACAUUGCAGAAGUUCGUGGAUGACCUCUUUGAGACUGUGUUCAGCACAGCCCACCGGGGCUCAGCUCUGCCCCUGGCCAUCAAGUACAUGUUCGACUUCCUGGAUGAACAGGCUGACCAGCGCCAGAUCAGUGACCCUGACGUGCGUCACACCUGGAAGAGCAACUGCUUGCCCUUGCGCUUCUGGGUGAACGUGAUCAAGAACCCGCAGUUCGUGUUCGACAUCCACAAGAACAGCAUCACAGAUGCCUGCUUGUCGGUGGUGGCCCAGACCUUCAUGGACUCCUGCUCCACAUCUGAGCACCGCCUGGGCAAGGACUCACCCUCCAACAAGCUGCUCUAUGCCAAGGAUAUCCCCAACUACAAGAGCUGGGUGGAGAGGUACUACCGAGACAUUGCAAAGAUGGCAUUGAUCAGUGACCAGGACAUGGAUGCCUACUUGGUGGAGCAGUCCCGCCUCCAUUCCAGUGAAUUCAAUGUCCUAAGCGCACUCAGUGAGCUCUAUUUCUAUGUCACCAAGUACCGCCAGGAGGUGCGUGCUGCCCUGCAGACCCCCAAUCGCUUGGCCCUGAGGGUGCAGGCAAUGACAAACUGUAGGGGACAGAGGGGACAUGGAUUGUUCAGUCCUUCCCUGUACAGGCUCCAGAGCCAGCAUGGGUGACACUCUCUGUAGAACCUGAGAUUUGAGGAAUUCAGGAGACAUUAAGGGACCUGAGCACUGGCAGGGAUGGGCUGAGGUACAUGGGCCUGGGCCAGAAAGUGUGGAGGUGCAGCCACUUUUAGGGCCUGUAAGAUUUGUGAUUGGAGGUCUGGGUAGGAGACAGAGGCAAGGACUUCAGAAUGGAUUCUCGGCUAGAAAUACACAGCUGUGAGCCAGCAGAUGGCACUGAAAGUCUGAGCCUGGUGAGCUCACACAGGAAAACAGGAGGCGUGGAGGGAGAGGGACCCCCAAUUGGAAGUCAGAGGGAAGAGAAGGAGCUAGCAGAGGGCUAAGAGGGAACCUGAAUGCCUGGGGACAUCCUACAAGGAUCAAGGAGUAGGGCGUGAUUGGCUCCAUUAGGUGCUGCUGCUGGGCAAGGACAAUGGAUGCUGGCUGGGUCUGGCAGAGUCACAGACACUGGACAAGGGAGUUGUGGGUGGAAGGGGUCACUCCCUGAGUCUAGACUAUUCUUGGGAGGGGCCACACUCUAGCUGUAGAGGGGAAGAAGAGAAUGUUCUGUGGUUGGAGGGAGACCUGAAGUUAAGGAGAAGCUGGUGGGCUCAGUGUCCAUAGCUCAGUGGUUAGGGUGCCGGCCUCAUGCACCAAGGCUGGUGGGUUUUAGCUUGGCCCAGGCCUGCUAAACAACAAUGAUAACAACAACAACAACAACAAAAUAGCUGGGCGCUGUGGUGGGAGUCUGUAGACCCAGCUACUUGGGAGGCUGAGGCAAGAGAAUCGCUUACGCCCAAGAGUUUGAGGUUGCUGUGAGCUGUGACACCAUGGGACUCUACCGAGGGUGACAUAGUGAGACUGUCUAAAAAAAGGAGAAGCCUGUGAGUUUGUUUAGAGGUUUACAGAGCUUGAGCUGUGCAUAGGGUCUCAGGGAGAAGAGAGGAUCCCAGCUGGGAAGUGGGUGCUUUGUACAGGAGGAGCUGGCCCCUCCCUGAGAGUCCAGCUCCAGGGGAUCCUUCUCCCCCAGAUUCUUACUGCUCUGGACCAAGAUGUCUCUUGUCGGAAGCAUAAGUUGCGCCAGAAGCUGGAGCAGAUCAUCAGCCUCAUGUCCAGCAACAGCUAAAGGUGGUAGCAUUGGUGAGGAGGGGGUUUCUCAGUCCUCAGCCAUCCUCCUGGCAAAGGGAGCUGCUGGCUCAAGCCUGGGCCGCUGGGCUUAGCGCUGGAUUGGGUGUUGUGUGGGAGGUUUCUAGGACAAGACGCCCCAGCACACCCAGGCCCCCUUCAUUAGUGCCUUGCUUUGGGCCCUGCGAGGGGAGGGGGUGACAGGACCAAACCCUCACCCUGGCGGCAGCAAUACCCCACCUUGUGCCCACAUAUUGGAAUACCCUGCCCUCCUGCUAUUUAUGCCCCAAAUACCUAUUUAUUGAACUCCUUGUUAGUCUCCAUCUGUAAGUGUCCCUCAUGGGAUGCUGCCAGUCUCACUGUCCUUCCUCUCCUGAGUUCCAGGCCCCGCCACCUGCUCUGGCUCCUUUGUAAUAUUACCAGCCUUGGCCCAGCCCCUGGCAUCUCACCCUUGCCUUGCUGGCCCUACCUGUCCUGAGACACCAGCAGUACUUGGGUCAGGGCUGAUGCAUCCAAAGUUAUCUUCACAGUGGCUGUGCCAGGCUGGGCCACAGUGUCCUCUCAAAUAUCUCGGGGGUCCAACUCUACAUUCUCAUUGGUCCCUGUUUUCCCUGAGCACCUGGAAUGCUCUGUGUAAUCAGGCUUGUGCUGGGCCUGACUCAGGGCUGGGGGUUCCAGACACUCCUCUUCCCUGCCCUACUGCCAAACUUCCUGUGUUGUCUGCACUUGCCCUAGACCCCUGGUCCUCAGCUGCCCCAUCUUGCAUCCUCCCCAAGGGGCCGAGGCAGCAGUGCCUUACUGCUCCCUGUCUUCUGCCUCCCCUGAGGAAUCUGGCCCCGUCUCACAAUCCCAGACCCCAAUUCUGUCUUUAGUUGCAUGAAUUUUUGUCUCCAUGGUAUGUGUUUUCCUAAUUAAAUGUUGGGAAAAUGGA